AUGCGGACUUUGAGCACGAAAGGCGGCAUUUGGUACAUCAAGGUAGCGCUUAGAGUGUUUGCCAGCAAGCACGAAGUCGCAAUGGCAAUUUCUACUCCUCAAGAGCUGGCAGUCUCACCUUCUGCAUCGAUGCCAAAGGGCUACAGCUUUGUCAAGAAGGGCGACGUCUACGUAACCAAAAAUUGUCGCAAGCUCACCCACGACUCUGGCAGCCAAGUAUACAUCGUACAAUCUGAGAAGAAGACUACACUCGGCAUACGAGUGCCGCGAACUAUCCACAAUCAAGUGCUCACGCUGAACACAGCUACCAAAGCCGCUCGAACUGCAGCAGUCGCAAAAAAGGACGGAGCCUUGGAAACAAAAACAUGUGCAGAAUUACUUCGUCUCUACCAUCGCAUUCCCAAAGAGAGGAUAGCUAUGAUACUGAAGCACACGUUGAAGAAGAAUAGUGGCAGGGUCGGCCGAAACAAGGAGCUGUCUCUCACCGAAGUAGUCGAUCUCGCGGUUCGCGCGCACAUCAGACACAAAUUUACGGAAUACGACGCCAUGCUGGCUAAGGGGGUCAGCAGGGAGCAAGCGCGACAAAGAAUACAGAAAAUCGUGGAUACUAUGGCUACUAUUUGGGGCCGCACAGUCAAAAAGACAGAUCGGAGGCAGCUGAAAAGCACCAAGUCCACGACUCGUGUCCGCACGCUCACCACGAAGAAGCUUGCCGCACAUCCUGCGCCCAAAUCUGUGGUAAAGCGUCCGGUCCAGACACAAGCCUCCACGUCGCGACCAGCUCUAAGAUCGAACCGUGUCAAACCCCAGGUUUUCGGCAGCACUGAUAAGAUCGUGGCCGUGCCCGAGUACAUCGUAAUCUCAUCUGGCGAGUCCGAAAGUCCAAUCGAGCUUGAUCCCUUGGACAACUAUUCCAACUCGCCAGCUUCCCAAAGCUCCACCCUGGAUGACUUCGAUUGGGACGAGUAA